AUGCGCGAACCUUUGGAGGACAGGUACGAGGGCUUCAGGAGAAAAGAGUAUGAACCGCUUGGUUACUUAUCAAAGCUCUUUCCCUCUCUCAUUCCACUUUCGGUGGCAACGACUCUUCGAAGAAAGACACUUGUCACUGCUGAUGGUCUAACUAAGGAAAUGUGCGUAUCAGUUUACCUGUAUGCGAAGGAAGUCAAGAGACUAUAUAUAAGGCGUCAGGGGCUUUGUUCCUUAGCAUAUACUAUAUGGCGCUCUUCAAACCUUGCAUUGUAUUGCAAGCAAGCUCUCUUUAGAUUGCCUAACCUUCCUCUUCAUUGCUGGACUGAGGAUUCCUUGAGUAGAGUUGGUAGUACUCUAGGUGUGCCUCUCUUUGCAGAUGCCUGUACUUCUCAACAGCUUAGGAUCUCCUUUGCUAGACUCCUGAUUGAAAUGGACAUCACUCAGCCUCUACCUACUGAAAUUCAGGUUGAAGAUGCUUCUGGUAAUAACUAUACUCAGCCUGUUGUGUAUGAAUGGAAGCCACCAUUCUGUGCUUCAGUGCCUCCUUUGCCUGUUGUGGCCACUCCAGCUCAACCUGUCCCUCAAGUGUCCUCUGAUGAUGAUGGGGGAUGGAAAGUGGUGACUAGAAGGUCUAGAGAAGUGGCAAGGAGAGUGAUUUGUAACAACAAAGCUAGCCCCAAAAGCUUAUUUAUAUGCUGGCUUGCUUUGAGUAACAGGCUGUAUACAAAGGAUAGGAUGCUGAAGUGGGGAUUGCCAUGUUCAGCUGACUGUGUUCUCUUGGAAAUCCUGAUCGUGGUGGAGCCUAGAGUGAGCGGACAGAAGGCAAGCAAGAUUCUUAAAAGACUAGGAUUUACCAAUUGGAUCAGAGUCGAAGCUUUGGGGUUCUCCGGUGGUAUUUGCUUGCUUUGGCGCAAUUCCGAGUUCGAUGCCGACUAUGUUUAUUCGAAUCCUCAACUUCUUCACUGCUUAGUGACGAAGAGGAAGACAAGAGAGUCGGUGCUCGUCACUGGUGUGUAUGGGGAAACUAAUCCUUCGGGGCGCAUGGCUCUAUGGGAUUCUCUGAAGACGAUUUCCGGAAGUAUUAAUGGACCGUGGCUUGUCAUGGGGGAUUUUAACAUAUACUUGUCUCCAGAAGAAAAAAGUAGGGGUGCUACACCAAGUACUCAAUCGAUGGGGGCUCUCAAAGAUUGCAUCAUCGACGCGAAUCUCUUUGACCUUGACUGUGUUGGCGAUAGGUUCACCCGGGAGAAAGAAGGGGUCAAAGAACGCUUGGAUUGGGCUUUUUGUAACCAAUCUUGGGCAGCUAAGUUCCCCCGGAUUCAGGCUUGGAAUUUUUUGAAGUACGGUUCGGAUCACAACUACAGAAGGGCCAAGAAGAGCAUGAGAUGCACUUAG